AUGUCUUCUUCGGCGCAGAAUGAGCUGCGGUUUAAGAACCCAAGGAUAUUCGUCUGCGACAUUCAAGAAAAGUUUCGCAAAGUCAUAUAUGAAUUCGACAGCAUUGUCCUCACCACACAGAAACUCGUCAAAUUCGCAAACUCUCUUUCUGUCCCUGUUAUAACCACAACCCAAACCUCGGCUAAACUUGGUCCUACUGUGUCAUCUCUUGCUCAGCUCCUGCCUUCAGCACCUCAUGACAAGACCAAGUUCUCCAUGGUUAUCCCUUCCGUCGUUGCCGAUUUACCUCCGAACUCUGAGAUCGCUCUAGUCGGCAUUGAGUCUCACAUCUGCAUUACCCAGACAGCACUUGAUCUGCGCAACGCCGGCCACAAGGUUUAUGUCAUUGCUGAUGGAGUAUCGAGCUGUAACCCCCGCGAGGUGGGCAUUGCACUGGACCGGUUGCGCGCUGAGCCUGGUAUCACAGUGACUUCAAGCGAGAGUUGGAUGUAUGAGUGCGUGGGAGAUGCAUCACACUCGGCAUUCAAGGGACUUUUUGGUGUCGUCAAGGAAUCAAUGGCCGACACUAAGAAGGUCUGGCAGACUUUACCUCCUGAGUCUAAGAUCUAA